UGGGGUCGAACGCGCUGCUGUGGGUGCCAUCCUCUUCUAUCUCGCCCGUCCAGAGAGAGAUAGAGAGAAUAGCUAGCAGAGAAAAUGGUGGAUCCUGAGAGAGGUAGAGAUACGCCCUCGACCGAGCAAGACCGGCGCCCCGGAGAGGGAGCGACAUCUAUCUCAGUGGGGGAGAACGGCGGUCCUGCGGAUUGUAUGGAGGUAGACGAUAUCAAAGCCUCUAGCGUGGAUCAGAACGAACCAAACCCAGGAAUGGAAAACAAGCCUGGCGCUGAGACAAUUGAUGUUGAGCACAGGGACGAGGAUGAUACCCAACCAGCGCAAGUCGUCGAAGAAGACAACAGCGCCCAAGCAGAUGAAGAUGGAUGGAUAAGACGUCAGAGGAACAAAAAAGGGAAACCAUGCAGAGCAGCAGAGGAUGGAAGCCUUGGCACAAUCGAGAGGGCGAUGGAUGAAGCCGUGAAGCUCGGAAAGAAAAUUGUCUUUGAACCAGCUGUGGGCAUGUCCUUCAACUCUGAGCAGGAGGCAUACGAGUUUUACAAUGCAUAUUCAUGGGAAGUCGGAUUUGGCAUUAAGCGUGGAAACAAGUACGUCAACGGCAACAAUUACAAAUCAAAACAAGAUAUAUUGUGCUCAUGCGAGGGCAAAGACAGUAAACAAAAUUCAAGAUCAUCCAGGACGCAAUGCCGGGCGAUGGUCAGGAUCCUACGGACCAAAGACGACGGUUGGUACUACGCCAUAGUUGUGUUGCAACACAACCACAGGAUGGCUGAAUCAAUAGGAGAAAGAAAAAUAUGGAAGUGCCACAACCACAUCGACUCAUCCGUGAAACAGCUAGUGAGUCACCUUCGUCAAAAUAAUGUUUCACUCACCAAGGUUUACGGCGUGAUGUCAGAUAUGCAUGGCCGGUAUCAAGAUGUCCCUUUUCGGAAGAGGUCUCUCCGAAGCAUGUGUGCAGCAAUAGCACACGAAUCUAGCCAGGACAACAUCAACAAAACUCUUGCUUUGUUUUCCAGCAUGCAAGCUGAAAACAAGGGCUUCUACUUUGCGGUGAAAACCGAUGAGGAAAGAAGAGUAUCCGGUCUGUAUUGGUGCCACCAGAAGAGUAGAGCAGAUUACACGUGCUUUGGCGACGUCGUGACCUCCGACACAACAUACAAGAGCAACCUGUAUGAGAUGCCGGUGGGUAUGUUCGUGGGGGUAAACAAUCACCAUCAAUGCUGUGUUUUUGGUUGUGUCGUUCUUCGCGAAGAAACAGUCGAAUCUUUCGAGUGGGCUUACACAACUUUCCUGUCGUCGGUGGAGAACAAAGCACCACAAACAUUUUUAACGGACCAAAGCAGGCAGAUGGAGCUUGCAAUAGCUGUUGUCAUGCCAACUACGGCACACAGAUGGUGCAAGUGGCAUGUGUUCAAAAAGAUGAAGGAAAAGGUAGGCAAUUUGUACAGAAAGGGUUCGGAAUUCCGCAUCGAAUUUGAUAUGCUGAUCAAUGAGAUGAUGACGGUGGAUGAGUUCGAAAAAGAGUGGGAGACAUUAAUGUACACUUACGGUCUUGACAAGAACUCAUUCAUGAAGCAAGUCUACGAUGUUAGACAUAAAUGGGCAAAACCAUAUUUGAAGGAUAACUUCUGCGCAAAAAUGUGCAGCACUCAAAGAAGCGAGUGCAUGAACAAUGUUUUGAAAAGUUAUGUAGCAAGAUCAGCACCUCUGAAUAGUUUUGUUGUCCAAUUCAACAAAAUGUAUGCCGACAGAUGUUCCGAAGAGGACUACGAGCACGCCCACACAAGCAAGGACAAGAUAGUCCUCAAAUUCAAUCUACCAAUAGAACGCCACGCCUCGCGCGUUUACACAAGAGCAAUGUUUAAGAUUUUCUCAGAUGAGCUAUUCCAUUCGGGACCAUACGAAGUGAAGGGCAAUCAGCUUGAUGGGAAGAUGAUGGUAGAGCAUGUCAACGCUGAGACCAGGAAACGCUGGUGCAAGGUCAACUAUGAAGUACAUGUAGACAGAGAAAGUGACACAUACACAUGCGAGUGUGGCAUGUUUCAGCAUUCUGGCAUUUUGUGUAGGCACAUUCUGAAGGUCAUGCUUCACGUGAAGCUGCACACCAUUCCAAACCAGUACAUACUGAAGAGAUGGACAAGAAAUGCACGCGACAAUCUACCCGACCAUCUCAAGUGCUACCAGGAGGACGCAAGUGUGCAAGUAUCACAGACAUUCAGACAUAAUCUCAUAUACGUGAAAGCACUUGAGCUAGUGAAGUUGGCAAACACUGCUGUCCCGACAUUUCAGUACGCAAUCAAUAAGUUCCAUGAAAUGCAGGUAGAGCUGCUGAAGAUGAUUGCCAUUGGGGGGUACGAGAACACCACAAGAAAGAUGAAGAGUUCCACUGGCACAGCGACAGAUGGGGGGAGCUCGGACAAGACGGAUGCCAACUGCACACCUGAUGCUACAUGUCACAAGGGACAGCAUGACGAUGAGCCUGCGGAAGACAUGGACCAAGACAUGUAUGAAGACGUGCUAGCUCCUGAAAAGAAAAGAUCAAAGGGAAGGCCGAAAACAAAACGCAUGAAACCAGCAUCAGAGAUUGGUACAAGAUACACCAAAAGGAGCUGCUCGAUAUGCGGGUCAGAGGAUCACAACACCAACUCAUGCCCGUGCAUUGAAGGCGCCACAGGUGCCCCCCAAGGCCCAUAUGCUCCGGACGAUGAUGUAGCGGGGCCAGCGGUGGCAGCUGAAGAUAACAUCUUCACAUCAUCGGGCAGCAAUGCGUUUGGGCUAGAGGCGGAGGCAGAGGAAAACACAAUAAUCCGUUCAAAUCAGAGAAACAGCAACAACAAAUCACCGUCCGCUCCCAGGAAAUGCAAGAACUGCGGGCUAACUGGGCACUAUGUGAGCACUUGUCCGACAUACAAUGGCCCCAGGAAGCCACCCAAAGAGGUCAGAUGCACAAAGUGCAAGCUUGGGGGUCACUACCACACCACUUGCGGCGGCGACACAACCUACAAGCGCAAGCAUGAUCCUUAGAACAUCAUUGCAGCUGAAAGUUUCGCGACGCACCACCCGAUGAAGACAAAGUGCCCACAGGUGGCACUUCUGGAGUUUCGUUGCUGCAAUAAGAACUUUUCCAUUAGCAUAAUUGUUCCUUUCUUACUAAGAUUAUGUUCCCCCCAUAUUAAAAACUGCGUACUUCGUUGCACUUGUUUUUAUUGUAAGCUAAUUAUACAUUGGCACAUGGUUAUUAUUAUGUAUGGUAGAAACAACCAUCCUCUUUUUUUUA